UCAAGUUGGCCCACAUGACAUAUGGAUAAAGUUCAUCAGUGAGCGAAUAGAAAUUGCAAAAUACGACAGUGAUGCCCAGGUGGCCAUGUUUGCAUGCAUGUUUCAUAGGACGCUGCACAUGACUGUUGGAAAUCCAGAUUCCAAGAUAAACCGCCACAUUGGAGCCAUUGGCACACGUUUUCGUUUGCUGUCGUGCGCUCUUGCCCUCAUUCAAGGUGAUACCAUCCCCAAGUCCCUCAGCAAAAAUGUUCUUCGUGAGCGUAUUUACUGUGCCUGCCUUGAUUACUUCUGUGCUGCCCGAGGAUGUCCCACACAACGACCAGCCUGCCUCCAGGAAGAUAUCAAUGCUCUCCUAAACUUCUGGAAUGCUCUCCAUGCUGACAAGAAGUACCUGAAGACUAGUGUCAUUGGAGACUUCACCUCUUAUCAGUAUGGAGGGGGUGCCUCUCUCUCCCCAUCCAUGGCCUCAGACCUGAGAUCGACGUCAGGUGAGUUUGUUGUGAAUAAUGCUGGCUGGAUCAACACUGUCCCACUGUCAUCGAAUACGUCUACACUCUCCAAGAGGUCAAACCGCAGCAAAAGAAUGGUUAAUCCUGAUGUCUAUGUCAAGGACUAUCUCAAGAAAAGGGCGCUUAUCCUCUCCUUGCUGGCAGUAGAGAUUCAGGCCCUGAAGGUAUGGCUCCAACCUCCACAACCCACUGGCCAAGGAGGAGAGGUGACAACUCCACAAGAAGAAGCUCUAGUCAAGUGGUUGUCCGGUGGGUUUAACAGCCAGAAAGCCUGGAGUGGAAACACAAACCUUGCUUGGAGUAUUUCACCAGCACUAGCUGUUUAUUUGUCUACUAGAAUCCAUAAUGUCCAAGGAUUAGAUGCAGAGAUCAGCAACCUUGUCCGUGAAAACCCCAUAGCUGUUAGUCACCUUGGGGAAGCUCUGCAGUACUUGGCCACUUCAGAAAACAUUCUUUCAGAUAUUCCAGAGCUAAACUACAUGUUGACAUGGGCUCCAGUGCCACCUGUCAAGGCACUGGCAUAUUUCUCAAGGCAGUAUCCACCUCACCCCUUGACUGCCCAGUAUGCUGUUAGAGUAUUGUCUAACUACCCUGCAGACACCAUUCUGUUCUACAUCCCUCAGCUGACACAAUCGCUUAGAUAUGAUACUAUGGGUUAUGUAGGUGAAUUCAUAAAAUAUGCAGGCAAGAAAUCACAGCUGUUGUGCCAUCAGCUGAUCUGGAACAUGCAGACUAACAAAUUCAGGGAUGAAGAAGGACAUGAGAAGGAUGCUGAUUUGUUCGAAGUGUUUGAGAAUUUGGAGAAGGCUUUGAUCGGCCAGUUUGCAGGGACAGCCAAGCAGUUUUAUGAGAGGGAGUUUGACUUCUUUGGGAAAGUCACUAACAUAUCAGCAAUCAUCAAACCGUAUCCAAAAGGUAUUGAGAGAAAGAAGGCAUGCUUAGAGGCUCUCAAAGCAAUCAAAGUGGAGCCAGGAUGCUACCUGCCAUCUAAUCCAGAAUCGGUUAUCCUGGACAUUGAUCGAAACAGCGGAACGCCAAUGCAGAGCGCUGCCAAAGCCCCAUAUUUGGCAAGGUUUAAGGUGCGUCGUUGUGGCAUCAAGGAGCUCGAGAAGCAAGGAAUGGCAGUCAGCUCUGGGCAAGAGGUUGACUCAAACAUUGGUCCUGAAAUUUGGCAAGCUGCUAUAUUUAAGGUGGGAGAUGAUGUACGACAGGACAUGCUGGCCCUUCAGGUAAUCUCCAUUUUCAAGAACAUCUUCCAGACAGUGGGACUGGACUUGUUCCUCUUCCCAUACCGUGUUGUGGCCACCUCUCCUGGGUGUGGUGUAAUUGAGUGUGUUCCCAAUGCUAAGUCUCGGGACCAGCUAGGUCGCAGCACGGACACUGGGAUGUUCGAGUAUUUCAUCAGCGUGUAUGGGGACGAAAAUUCUCAUGCUUUCCAACAAGCGCGGUCCAACUUUGUCAAGUCCAUGGCAGCAUAUUCCCUGGUGGGCUUCUUGUUGCAGAUCAAGGACAGACACAAUGGCAAUAUCAUGUUGGAUACUGCAGGACACAUCAUUCAUAUUGAUUUUGGCUUCAUGUUCGAAAGUUCGCCCGGCGGGAAUCUUGGAUUUGAGCCGGACAUCAAGUUGACCCAAGAGAUGGUGAUGAUCAUGGGCGGGAAAGUAGAGGCCGCGCCCUUCCGCUGGUUCGUCGAGCUGUGCAUCAAGGGAUACUUGGCCGUCAGGCCAUACCGAGAGGCGAUUGUGUCCCUCGUGUCCCUGAUGUUGGACACGGGACUCCCUUGCUUCCGAGGGCAGACCAUCAGACAGCUCCGCACGCGCUUUACCCCACUUGCCACAGAGAAGGAGGCAGCAGAAUAUAUGCUUAGCAUCAUCCAGCACUCCUGCUUGAACUGGAGGACGAGGGCUUACGACAGGCUCCAGUAUCACCAGAAUCAAAUUCCCUACUAGAUUUUUUUUCUUUUUCUUUUUCUUUUUCUUUUCUUUUCUUUUCUUUCUUUUUCAUUUAUUACUUUUCCUCUGCUUUUCCAUUUCCUUUCCUGUUCCUGUUCCUCCUCUUGUUCCCUCUCCUCCUCCUCCUGUUCCUUCUCCUCCUCCUCCUCCUCCUCCUGUUCCUCCUCUGUAAUGACACAAACUGUGUAUACCUACACAUUUUUUUCCUGAAUGGGUCAGCGGUAUUGAUAGUAUGUAGAUGGCUUCUCAGUGACUUUUAGAUUAAUGGGGUGAAAUUGUUAUAAAGAAAUGUGAUAAUUUUAGUAAUUUAAUCUAGCUGAGUGAUAUAUUUAUUUUCUUCUUCUCGCGUGUCUGUAUGAUGGUUUUAGUAAAUUCUUAAAUUACAGGCCUAAUAUUAGGCUCACCAUUCCAUUCUAUUUUUGCGUACAAGACUUUUUCUGUUAUCACUUUUAACCAACAGUUCAAUUGUAUAUAUCAUAAUGAAUUAAUAAGUGCUGUUGUUGUUGUUAAAUCAGAUAUUAUUAUAAUAGAUAGUAAUUUUACUAGUGCUGGUGUUAAUGAGAAGUUUAUUUUUCCUGGAGUAAUGUCACAAGAUAUUUAAUUUUUACUAUUAAGAUAUGACCAGUAUUUGUUAGGGAAGAUGAUGAUUGUAAUAAUUGUUAUGAUUAUUAUUUUGUAACUAAUGAUUGUUAUUAUUAUUACUAUUAUGAUUUGAUUAUUGUUAUUAUUAUUAUUAUUAUUAUUAUUAUUAUUAUUAAUGUUAUUACUAUUACUGUUACCAUUACUUUCACUAUUUCUAUUAUUAUUUUACUUUUUAUAUCUGUUAUCAUUCUCUCUUAACCAAAGGCCUCAUCAUAUUAAUUAUAUUAUUAUAAUAAUAAUUACUAUUAUUAUGAUAAUGAUUAUCAAUAUUAUGAUAUUUAUCUAAAGUAACGUAACAAAAGGCAACAUGAAAAUUAUUAUUAUUAUCAAGAAUUUUACUUCAUGUUAGAAUUUUAUCUUUUUGUAUUUGGAAAGACUUCUGUUUAUAUAUUAUGAGAAGAAAGGAAUGUGAAUAUGUUAUUCCAAAUCGUUGAAAAUCUACAUUGUGUAGAGAUAUGUAUGAUUCAUUAGAUUUGUUUGUUGUUUUUCUUGGUCAGAUAACAAGAUGGACCAAUUUGCGUUACAUGGUUGAUGGAAGUGUAAUGUUGGUAACACUUCCUAGUCUUUUAUUUAAAAGUUCAAAAAGAGCACAUAAACAACUAGUAAUUUUAAGUGAAUUUAAAAUUGUUGAAGGUACACUUCCAAAACACAUAUCCUUGCCUUUAAAACUGCCUUUUACAUUUGUUGAAGAGUAUGCACCAGUUUUUUCAGAUCCACCUGUUUGGCUAUACAUAUGCAUCAGGGAUCAGUGACUUGUUCAUUAUGAUUAUUGCAUUGAGGUGACUUGACAUGAUUAUAAGGAAGAUGAAGAAAGUAUUCAAUUUAGGAUAAAAAAAUAUAUAUACCCAAGCAUUAUCUUCUAUUCUGUUACUUAAUGUUUCUGCUUGUGAUGAAUCCUCAGGCGUGUUAUAAGUGAACCCUUUGGCCUGUUUGCUCAUUUAGUAAGGAUAUCCUGGUUUGCCUCUGUUGUUUAUUGUAAAAAAAAAAUAAUAAUAAUAAUUAAAUGUGGCAAAUAAGUGUUUGUUCCCAAGUUUCAGUAUUGUUGUAUUGCAUUGUCCCUCCGACUUUGUUUUUUUCUUGUGUGUACGUCACUGUCCUCUUGUUAGUAAAUUUGAAUAUAGUGGUCCUAUGCAUACUAUUAGGAUAACUCGUGCAUAACUUGUUACGUGAUAUACUCCUUGAUAUUGUGUAAUCUACUUAUUGUUGCAAAUAAAUGUUUUGUUCUAGUCUAAACAUUUCCUCUGUAGUUUCAUUUUAGAGGUGAAAGCUGUGGAAUUGUGAGAAACCAGUUAUUUUGAGUCAGUAUGAAAUAUUAGAUUUUAUGUAAAGACCCAUAAUAUUAUAAGUAAAAAGCUUCCAAUAAAGAAAUUUAUGUUCA